CAUAUUUCGGCAUUGGAUUCUUUUAUUUUCUAGAAGUCGAUUCUCCAUUCACAAAUCACGUUGUCUACCACAGAAGUGUCGCCAUUCUGGGCUUCAGACGAAGACCCACAAGAAAAUCCCAAACAACAAUCCCAGGAUCCACGAACACAACACCUUGAAAAAGAUUUCCUCCGAAGAGUCCAAAAUACAACGCCGCGAAGGCCUCCAACUGUUUCCCUCUCUUUACCUACGAACUUCGCGCACACCGAAAGUCUAUAAGAGGAAAUCAUCCCUUCAAGAUGUCACGAGGCGGUCGCGGAGGCCGCUUCGGCGGUGGCGGGGGCGCCGGCUCCAUGGGCGGGCAAAUGUUGCCCUUCGAAGUCGACAUGGCCCUGGAAUCCGAAAUCAACGCCUAUCGGGAGAAGGAAGGGCAGGAUGAGGCCGAUGAGUGGACGAAGCAGUUGUUUCCGAACAUGAAAAUCUACCCCCAACCGUCCGCAACCGCCUCCGAACGCCGGCUGAUCCAAAAACGCCGCGAGCACCGCACCGCCAUGCGCAACGGGCCCUUCUUCAUCGAUGCGCCGAAGAGCGGAAAACGCGACCUCUCCAGCUUUAACGCGUUCGAGGACCAAGCAUCCUUUAUCAACAAACGAGCAAAACGAACCCGCGGAUUACCGAAUUUGAAGAAAUUGCCAAUAGUCCCAGGUUUCUUCCCCCCCGAACUGCACGACGUGAUAACCACCACCACAUCCACCGGCGACCCGCUGGACCCGCAGCAGCCACCGAAACGCAACCUCGACUGGUUGAAGAAGAAGCGCAUCGACAAACUGGCGCAGUUCGACGAGAACGGAGCCCAGAACGAUGACGACAACGAUGACAACGACGAUGUGCCCAAGGACGACGAGAACAACGGCGAGGACGACGUCGAGGAACCGCAGGAUGACGAUUUCUCCGAGGACGACGAUGAUCUAGGGAAUGAUUACAACGCGGAGAAGUACUUCGACGAUGGGGAGGAUGGAGAUGGAGAUGAUGGAGGUGGGGAUGAAGGGGGCGGGGAGGAUGCGUGGUAGAGGAAGUGGGUUUCUGUUCUCCUUUCGAGCGGGUUUGGGACUUUCUUUUUGGAAGAAGUGUUUUAUUUCAUUUUCAUAUCUUUUCGGAUUCCUCGGGGGAAGGGCGAGGACAAGGGAACAAUGAUUGCUUUGCUCAACAAGGGCACAGCGAUUAAUCUCGUCAUGUGUAUUCAUUUCCUCAAUCGUAUGAAGAAAAUAAACCGCAAUGCCAACAACCAUGGACAUCUCCUCAUGACCUUCGUAACUGUUCAUCCCCAUCUGCCUAGCACAUGGACCACGCCCAGCCAAUCGCCCAACCCAACAACGAAAAUUUCACGCCCUUUCUAAUAUGUCCGUGCCAAAUUCCUCAAAUACCAGUCGACCAAUCUCCGGCCGACCUUGGCCUCGGAAACGUGAAUCAAGUCGCCCUCCAUCGCAUAGUCCAAAUCACUCGAAUUGACG